AUGGAUAUACGCAAACUACAUCUAAGCUUUAAAGUGCUCUACAGUUCACCUUCGGGAACCUGGCACAGCGGUAAACUGGCUCAGCGGGAACCUGGCUCAGCGGGAACCUGGCUCAGCGGGAACCUGGCUCAGCGGGAACCUGGCUCAGCGGGAACCUGGCUCAGCGGUAAACUGGCUCAGCGGGAACCUGGCACAGCGGGAACCUGGCUCAGCGGGAACCUGGCACAGCGGGAACUGGCACAGCGGGAACUGGCACAGCGGGAACCUGGCACAGCGGGAACCUGGCACAGCGGGAACCUGGCUCAGCGGGAACCUGGCUCAGCGGGAACCUGGCUCAGCGGGAACCUGGCUCAGCGGGAACCUGGCUCAGCGGGAACCUGGCACAGCGGGAACCUGGCACAGCGGGAACCUGGCACAGCGGGAACCUGGCACAGCGGGAACCUGGCUCAGCGGGAACCUGGCUCAGCGGUAACCUGGCACAGCGGGAACCUGGCACAGCGGGAACCUGGCACAGCGGGAACCUGGCACAGCGGGAACCUGGCACAGCGGGAACCUGGCACAGCGGGAACCUGGCACAGCGGGAACCUGGCACAGCGGGAACCUGGCACAGCGGGAACCUGGCACAGCGGGAACCUGGCACAGCGGGAACCUGGCACAGCGGGAACCUGGCACAGCGGUAACCUGGCUCAGCGGUAA